AUGCGCAACAUUGACGCCUUUGCACCAGGCGGGCGAGCGCGGUACCACAUCGUAACGGACGAGCCGCCAAAUUCGACGGUGCGAUUGAGCCUUUGCCGCCUCCUCGGGCCCGCCUCCCCGCUUGGAGGUCGUGUGCACCUCUACUCCCUCUCGCAAGCGCCCAAGGAGGCGCACGACCUGAUGGCGCAGCUCAGGCUGCUGACCCGCGGGCCAGGGUACACGUACCUAUGGAAGAACCUACUGCACUACGUCCUACCAUCUGCUGUCCGCCGUGUCCUGCUCCUGGACGCGGACAUCAUGGUCUCGGCGCCAAUCGCUGAGCUGUGGAGCCACUUUGGCGCGGGCUCCUACAAGAUGCUCGUCGAGCUCGGCGGCCGCGGCUACAACACCGGGGUGAUGCUCAUGUGGCUGGAGCGGAUGCGCCGCUCACAGUUGUACCAACGGGUUGUCGCCGGCUUCGCGUCACAGCAGCUGCCGCGCAGGCUCGCGUCUGGUCCGACCCUCGAGGAGCUGGGCUGGAACUGGUUCCGGGGCAAGCCCAACAACCGCACCCUCGGGAUGGCCGACGGCGGCGAUCUCUUCUACUCGCUGCCUUGCGGAUGGAAUCGCCAGAUGUCGCCGCAAUACUGGCCCGCGUUCCACGACCGAGGCGCGACGGCCAAGACCUUCCACCGAUGCCCCGGCCCGUGCUUCCUCCUCCACGCCAACUGCAAGGACUAUAAGCCGCUGGUGAUGCAGCGCAUCCACGACGAUCCGAGCGGCGCGACCUGCGCUGCCACCUUCCAUGCUUUCAUACAACCCCCGGCCAAGCUGAGGGCUCUCAAGGCGGCGCAGGGUAGGAGGAACGACUACCGCGGCUCGGUGGCGGGUCUCUAUUUCAAGGAUGUGCGGGUUGUCCGCACACCGGCCUCGCAGUACAUGUUCGAGGAGGCGCUCCGAGCAUGCCCACUACCGCACUUACUGACGGUGUGCUGCCAAACAACUUACAAUCACCUGCUGCCGAGCCGUGCCGCGGGGAGGUUUGUGCUAUUUUCCAUCUCGCGGCCCAACGGCAACAGCGUCGUUCUCGUUGACGUGCUCAUGAGCCUCGCCUCGGUGGUCGGAGAGCCAUCCCAACUGUUGGCCACGGCGCUCGAGGCGCGCGCCUUCAUGCAGCAGCGCGAGGCGAUCCUGCAGCUGGCGAGGCGACAGCAGCUCCUCAUCCAAGAGCUCGAGCGGCUGCGCCGGUCCAAGGGUGCUGGCAGCACCUCCUGCAUCACUGUCGUACCCGCGCCUGCAAUCGCCCCCACUGUGUCUUGA